AUGGAGUGGUGGAAGACAGGCGAAUUGGAGAAGGGAGAGGUGCGGUGUAUCCGCGACGGCGUUGUGCAGGUGGAACGUUGUCAGAGACAAGCUAGGGAACAAUGCUACUAUAUCAAGAGGAUCAUGUUGGUAGGCCUUGCUGUAUGUCUGCUGCUGCUGCAGCGAUCCUUUGCUCGACUAUCAAUACAAGCUCGCCAAGUCGAAGGUGUCCCUCAAUAUGUUUUGGAUUAUGCACCAUUGGUGUGGCUUCAUGAACAGGAAGCCUUUUUUCCAUCCGAUAUCUACGCCCAAGUUACCAAUACUCAUCCCGACAUCAACUUAACGACAAUCGAAGACCCUCCUUCUCCCCUUACUCUCGAGAACCUCGAUAUCCUCAAUGCAUACGGCAACAACGGACGCAAUGUCUACUUGACUUCCAAUCUCGACGUCACAACAGAGCCCGUAUGGCUCACUGGCAUAGUCCCCGAUUCAACCGGAGAAACGAGAGAAAUUACCAGCUCUGCAAUCAUAGUCAACGACCGGGGAUCCGGAAAGGUUGAUGCAUUCUACAUGUAUUUCUACGCCUACAACCAAGGGAACAAUGUCUUCUUCCAGGAGCUCGGUGAUCAUAUUGGGGACUGGGAACAUAACAUGAUUCGUUUCCACAACGGAACACCACAAGCAAUGUGGUUCAGCCAGCACGGCAACGGCCAAGCAUUCACGUAUAAAGCCGUGGAGAAGAAGGGCAUACGGCCAAUCUCAUAUUCGGCGAAAGGAAGCCAUGCGAAUUACGGCGUUCAAGGGACGCAUGACCACACCAUUCCUGACCUGAAUCUCCCUGCAGGUUUUCUUCAGGAUUAUACCAGUAAGGGCCUGCUUUGGGAUCCAACACUAAGUGCAUACCACUACAACUACAGUGGUAACGAUCACUCUUUUGAAUCCAUCAAUGGCAGCCCAGUGGGCGCCAUGUAUUACAGGGGACGAUGGGGAGACCAACAAUACCCCGAUGACGACCCCAAACAACCACCACCGUUUUUUGGAUUUAGAAAAUUCGUGAGUGGCCCGACGGGGCCGUGGGAUAAGCAGUUGAAUAGGACGAAGAUAUGUCCUGAUAAUGGGAUUCUGUGCAUCAUCAGAGAUACGCUUGUGCCAUGA